GGUAUUCCACCCCUAAUGAUAUCGGCAAUUUUCGUGUAACCUCGUGUAACUUCGUAUUUCGGGGAACCCCCGUCAGAUGCCCGUAUGAUAAGGAUAAGGAAAAAAAUGGCGGCCUCCAUGCAAGGUCGUGACAGUAAGGGUAGAUUUACAAAAUCGCUGCCACCCUCAAGGAAAAAGAAAAGGCCGAGGAUAAUAAUUGAUCAUAAUUAUUCAGUAGGACACGUAUGUAACGGCACGGAGUGUGGAGAUGCUGUAGAAAUCCCGCAAAACGCAAGUAGGGACAGUUGGAAAAAAGGUCGGCGGAUCAUCGAACUAGACUCUCUGUUGUCCGAAUUGAAAUAUUGUAAAAAGUGUUUCUUAGGCCCAGUCCCGUUAACAUAUGACACAAUAGUUGGAGAACUGAAGAAAGGUCUUGGCGGAUAUUUGUAUGUGGUGUGUUCCAAUGUUGAUUGUCGACAUGUGAACAAGGUGGCAUACGGGAAAACAUACCGUGUGAAAAAAUACGGAAUGCCUUGUUUUUCUGUGAAUACAAAGCUAGGUACAGCUAUGAUAGACAGCAUAGGCGGCCCUGACAAAGUCAACAAUAUGUUGUCGACUCUUAAUAUACCCCCUAUUAGUGGUAAAAAUCUGAAAAGUAUGGAGAGGCGUGCUGGUGAAGUUGUUGAGGAAGUGGCCAGAAAAUCUACGCAGAAUGCAGCAAUUGAAGCAUUCAGGAUGGAAAUGCAAGAUGCUGCCAAAGAGGAGUCGGAAAAAGCAUUAGCAACUAUGGGCCCAGUAGUGGAAGACCUUGGUGUUUGCCCACUUCCUGAUGCGUCUCCAUCAAUCAGACAAGUAUUUUCUACUGUGUGCGAUGAAGUGACUAAAGAUCAUGCUGCAGACCAAAACAAAGGUUACUCAACAGGUGCUGAUGAUGAUGAAUGGGAAGAUUUGCCUAAUGAAGGCAAUUUUCCACCACUAAAGCACCCUUCUUAUCUGCAUAAAAUGAAGAGCUUGACAAGGAGGAAGGCAUCCAAAUUGUCUAAUAGCACAAAAAGAGCAUUGCAGUUUCCAUGCAAAGCAAGAUCAGGCAUGACCGUUGCUGUGGAUACGGCAUGGCAGAAACGAGGCUUUGAUAGUCUUACUUGUGAGUAUAGCGACUUAUAUGAUCUGAAACACAACUAUAAAUUUAUACUGCUUAAAUAUAUGUGUUAGCAUAAUUUCUUUAAUUAUUUUAUCAGCUCAUACAUUCUUCAUGAGUAGAUCUGAAUAUGGUAAGAAAGUUGUUAAGUCUGUUGUAAAUCAUAGAACCUGUGGGGUUUGUAAAUGGUGGCAAAGAAAUAGACCAGGACUACCUGUAAGAAAACAUAGGUGCGUGCGCAACCAUGUAGGUAGCGCCAAACUCAUGGAGAGCACUGGUGGAUUGAUUGGUGUCAAAGAACUCGCAGCCCAGGGAACACCUAUAGAGUGUAUAGAAGGGGAUGGUGACAACACUCUUAUAGCUCGUAUUAAGAAAGACCUCAACAUCUCUUUAAAGAAGAAGUUUGAUAAGAACCAUAUUCUGAAAAAUAUUGGGAAAAGUUUAUAUACACUGCAUGCAGAAAAAGGUAUAAAACUCAGUAAGACUGUAAUUUUACAUAUACAGAAGUGCCUCAAAUAUAUCUUUGCCAAAAAUGCUGGAGAUAAGGAGAAAUUACAAGAAAACUUGAAAGCCCUUAUUCCUCAUCAGUUUGGAGACCACUCAUUAUGUAAAGGUAGAUUUUGUGGCUUCAAACGUAAUCAGAGUGAAACCUAUGUUCACAGAAGUCUUCCAUAUAAGGCUGCCUUGAAAGAUAAUGUGCUUCGUUCAAGACUAGAGAGUCUGUUCCAGCCAAUUAUUGCUAAUGCUGAGCAAUUUGCAGACCUUGGCUCAAGCCAGCAGUGUGAACAUGCCAAUAGAGAAGUGACUCUUAGGGCACCUAAAUCUCUUCAUUAUGGUAAUUCGGAAUCGCUAGAUUUCAGAGUACAUGCCACUGCAGCUUUUAUAAAUGAAGGACGACAUUACAUCUCACAGGUUCAUUCAGUUGUUUAUUGUGUGUUAGUUUCUGAGUUGUCUUAUGUUUGGGUUUGUUUACAGUUUGUUUAUUUCGAUUACAAUGUUUUUUAAUAUAAUUUUUGUUGAUUUUAUACUUUUAAAUAGGUAAGUUUUACUUAUUAUCCUUUUUUUCUGUUAUUAUAUAAUGAAUAAAUAUCAAUAAUUAUGUGCAAUAUUUCAGCCCAAAAAAGUUUAUUUCUAGUUUUUUAAUGUCUAAGUUACAUUCAAUAGGUGAACACAACUGCUGGGCUAUCUCCUGGUACACAUACUGAGCAGUAUGCCACAAAGAUGGCAAAGAAGAGGAAGGCCAUGCAAGAGAAGUCACAGCUGCCAUCCACAAAGCGUAGGCGUAUGAUUCUAAAGCAAGAACGAGCUGUUGUUCAGAGCGCAUCUGAAGUACUCGAAGGAAUAUCAUACCAAUCAGGUAUCGGACAUGAUGCUGAUACGAACAUUGAAAGUUUACCAGAGGCUGUACCACGGGGCAUUUUAAAACCCAUUCAUAUGAGUGAGGGAAAUACUGCAUCCUUUGUAACAUUUGACUUAGAAACUACUGACCUCAGUAAGAUACAUUUCGUGGACGAGUUGUACCCCACAUUACACAAAUGGCGGCCCAUGAACUACACUCUGGAGCAUCCUUUUCUGUGUAUGUGAUUCCUAGUUUGCCUAUAUCUAGCUCUUCACAACAAGUCACUGGCAUAGCUAUGAAUGGGUCCAACUGUAUGACAGUCAAUGGUAGACCUGUGGAGGCUUUAGAUAUACAUGGAGCAUUUGAUGGUUUCAUCAAAUGGAUAAAAUCAUUUCCAAAUGCAGUAUUGAUUUCUCAUAAUGGCAGACGUUUUGACUUUCCUGUACUCCUGAAAACUGUUAUGGAUAUUGGUAAAACUGGCGAGUUCUUUGACAAUGUAUGUGGGUUUAUAGACUCGCUUGCAGUAUUUAGGAAAAUAUAUCCAGGUAGAAAAACAUACAAACAAGAAGAUUUAGUGAAUUCACUUUUGAACACAAGUUAUGAUGCUCAUAAUGCAAUUGGUGACGUCAGAGCUUUAGGAAAAUUGAUUGAGCAUGUGGCGCUUUCAACACAAGAGCUUCUGCAGUACAGUUUCCCCCCACGUGCUGUCCAAAGUGCCUUUCUAUUCAGGGAGGAAAAAUCAAAAAAUCUGCCUACCCUGAAUCCUCUAAUUAGCCAUGGAGUUAUGAAGAUGUGUACUGCAGAAAAUGUUGCUGGUUCUGGCCUACAGCUUACCCAUCUUAGAAAAAUUUUUCAGCGUGAUGGAGAAGAUGGACUUAGAAGUACAUUUAUUGCGCCAAAUUCCGAAGGACAACCACGAGUGACAAAUGUAAAAAGAACCCUUGAAAGUGUUGUACCUAAAUUGGUAGAUUAUUUUGUAAAGAAUUAAUUCUUUUCAAUUAUUAUUACAUGUGCUAGAAUAUACAUGUAUUUGCAUUUACAUGUAUAUCUGUCAACAUAUUUGAUACGUUUUUUAAUUUCUUUUACCUCAGUGGCUCCUAUACAUAUAUUUGUACAUAGAUAAAUGUUUUCCUAAGGUAUAUAUUGAUAUGUACCUAAUUCUGUGUUGAUAUUACAAGGAUAUGCUGAUCUAAUAUUUGAAAAUAUGUAAUGUUCAAAAUGUACAUAGUUGUCCUCGUAACCAUGGUAACAUACAUUUAAUAAGAUGUGAGAAAUGGGAAUUUUUUUCUUUCUUGUUAACACUUCUGCAUUUAUCUGUGAAUAAUGUAAUUGUUUUCAGAAGUUGUUUUUGUCCAAGAGAGCAUUGAAAACUUUAAAACGAUGAAAGUUGUGAAAAUUCGACUUUUGAAAUCAUGUCAUCGAGCUUUUAAAUUCCUUGUUAUUAAAAAUAUGAACGGUAAAAAUAUUUUAAACUUUGCUUUUUUAAUUUUAUACUCUUUGAAGAUUUUUGCUGUAAAAGAAUUAUCAUGGUGCCAAAAUAAAUAUGAUGCCAAAAUUCAUGUUUCCUUUGGCACGUGUGUGUCAAUCUCAUAAUAAUUGUCAAGUAAGAUCUUAUGUUUUAACCUGGUUAAAUAAUAUUAAAGGUGAUAGAAGAAAAA